UAUUCAAGGAACCCUAAUCAGUGAGAAGCUUUUCUUCUUCACCAAGCCACCGCUCAAACUUCCUUGUCUUCCAUUCUUCGUCUUACGACAUGGACAGAAUAAGAGACUUGGCCUCCAAGAAAGCGGCAGGGAUCUUCACGAAAAGCUCAUGUUGCAUGUGCCACAGCAUCAAGUGGGUGGAGUCCAUCGAUUCACAUUCUCUCUUCUACGAGCUCGGAGCGAGCCCGGCGAUCCACGAGCUCGACAGGGACCCCGAAGGCCAUGAAAUGGAGCGUGCGCUACGUUCUCUUGGCUCGAACCCUACUGUCCCAGCGGUUUUUGUCGGGGGAAAGUACGUCGGCUCGGCCAAAGACAUCAUCUCCUUCCACGUCGACGGCUCGCUCAAGCAGAUGCUUAAGGACGCCAAGGCCAUAUGGUUUUAGUACUCAACUAGUCCAUACAUAAUCGCGGUUGAGGGGAAUCAAAAUCAAUAUCCUGAAUGAUAUAUAUGUGUGUAUGUACGUAACCGGGAGGGAACAUCGGUGUAUUAGAAAGGCUUUGUUUCUGUCGUCGGGUUUAUAUAGAUAUAUUACGCAUAAUCAACCUACAUUGCACGGAAGAAAAGAGCUUCCUGACUUAUGGUAUAUC